CUCUCUCUCUCUCUGCCCCCCGCUCCCUCCUUCCCCCCCUCCCUCCCUUUCUGGACAAGCUCUGGAGCGUUCCCCUGCAAACGGGAUCGGGACGAAGAGAGGACGGAAGGAACAACAUCGGUCAGCCACAAGCACCCACUUCUUUGACACACAGGGAAGAAGAACAGCUACAACAAGGUGGCACAGGUGGGCCCCCCAUCUCGAAGACACAACCAAGUCUGCACGCGGUGGGAUGAUCGACCAUGGCUACGCUCGACCCUGUUAACCUGGCCGACCCUUCAAGCCCUCAAGUUGCGAGUGAAAACGGCGAGCGUAUCGCUGUUCUAGGUCAUGUUCGAGGCACACAUGCCCGACUGGCACGUGGCCGAGCAUCACCACCUGAACAGGAAGAUUCGCCCGAAAAUGAGCAAGGUCCGGUUUUGCGACGACAACAAUCAGCACCGUCGGGUGGUAUAAUCGAAAUGGCGCAGAGAUGGCCAUCGCCAAGGAGCGAUUCAUUCCCUGCAAGGGCGCCCGUUCACACGGUGGGCAGAGGACACGACGCCUCGGAGGCAAACAACAGGCCGGGCACGUUGACCGCCACACCCUGGCCUGGGAAAGAUUUCAGACUGAAGAAAGUUCUGCCGGACUCCGUGUACCUCUGGGCUUGCGGCGAGCGCGGCGAGGGAGACGCCCCAUAUCCCGUCUCGCGAUCCGAGGCUGUGGCAGCCUGGGUUGUCCUCAUCUCUCAAGCGGUGUGCUACGCUGGUCUAUGGGUUAUUACUGGAAAUCAGCCUCCCACCCAGAGCCAGACGUCUGCCAUUGACGAUGAUUUUUACGCUGAUAGGAGCCCCGAUUACUCCAUUUUGGCGAUUGCGGGCGCCAUGUACCUUCUGCUCACUAUUGUAGCCGCAGACUUGUGGGGUGGCUGUGCGCUCUGCUUGGAAGGGCUCGGCUCGGCGGACUUUGCUUGGUGUACCCGAAGGCGGGCCUUUGGCGUGUGUAUGCUGGGGACCUUCGUCGCUCUGAUCGGGGCUUCCAUUCGGGUCCUGUUCUACUCGUCAUUCGAGAAUAUGGAACUAGUUAUCGGAGCUGCUGCGGUUCUCUUCAUCGCGGAUGUGGUAAGCGGCCUAGGCGUUACAUAGCAUAGCACACACACUUUCGCAGAGAGCACGAUUUGAUUCAUUGUGACAGCCCACUGCUGUUGGCUUCAUACAAUGAACUGCUGCUGUUGUGUCUAGUUAAUCUACACGAGAAGAAUUGGCUCUACUUCCCGAAGUUUCUCGGUCAAGUAGGGAGCCGCGUGCAAGCUUCGACGAAUUUCUGUACCUGCUUCCUCCACAACACGCCCUUAUGGCGGCAUUGAAACCUGUUCGUAACAAUUGAUACUUCGUAGGACGAGAAGGUGAUAGUGGUGCUGAAGAACGUGAUGGGAAGAUGGCGUCUAUUCUGGGUGCUCGAGGCUAUUGGCUUGAGUUUCUUCCUUGCUAAGCUGCUGAUUGGGACAUUGAAACCACGGCUUUGCCAUCUAGUCUCUGUUCUAGCGAUUGUUCUGGCGGGUGGCGGGGAGGAGUCAAACCAUACCGGGAAAACCAAGCCAUCGUGUCGGGACGUUUGUGUCUAAGGAGCACAGCACUCACCGGACGUGACCUCGAACCACCAUACGCUCGCCAUGUUCACCCGCAUCUCGCGGGCUUGGAGGGGGGUUGGAAUGGUUAACCGGGUCGACCAUAGCCUAGGUUUAAAUCAGAGCCGGUAGGAAACGCAUGGAUGGCAGUCACUGUUUAGCUGACGAACGAAAAGCUGGAAGGGCAAGCCUUGAACGCUUGAUGCGUGGAGAGUCAUCCGGCGAUGAACCCAAAAUGGGAUACAUAGUCACGUGUCGUGACAAGCGGUGAGAGACUCACGGUACGAGAAUUUGAUGUUUGAUGUAGGAACAACUAUCAGCCAGAAGCUACGAUGUCAAUCGAAAGAGGUAUAAUGUAACUAUGUACAUGGCCCCAUGAUGUGAACAUUAGUCUACAUGCAUCUUUAUGAAAUCAUCCUCAGGUGCUAUCCACUGGAAGAUGGUCCCCGUGCCUUCCUCUGCUCUUACCGGACAUGCUACAGUAGGUCACGAACACAGAUAGGCAUGCAUAGAAGAAACCAGAACGAGGAACACGACGUUGCGUUUCAAAAGUUGCGAAGUAAAACCGGGGAAAGUCAAGCUGUCUCAUACCAUGCACGAUUUUCCCGCAGCGUGCAGACUUGUUGUUGUGUCUUCGAGGUAUGGGACCCACCUGCGCCACCUUUCUUUCAAGGCGAAGCGGAUACAGGGAAAGCAUAGUUUGUGUGUGAGCAACGGUAUGUAGGCGUGUCUGUCAAUCCACAGGGGUUCAGCCGCUUACGAUGCUACGCUCAAAGGGUAAUGAUGCUGUUUGCGAAGAAUGUGGCCUUCUUCAUGUAUGUUGUGGCGCCGAGUCUGUCGUGUAUGGGUUUGUUUACGUGAUUUUUUUGAGAUAAUUAUGAUCGGGAGCUUUCUGUGCGCCGUUUGCUGACCGAUAUGAAGGUCUCUGGUGAUAGAUUGGUGUGUAACAAAAUAUGCUGCUCGGUUACGCGAACGACAUGUCGUGUCCCCAAAAGUGAAAAAUAGAAAGUAUUAUGCACAAAAACUGCAAAAUAUCAUCGAUAUCAUUGACGCCCCGGAAUAUAAGAUUCGUCGGCUCUUCGGCGUUACCCCCGGAGAUAAGUGUCCCGGCACUUUUGACGUGAGUGAUUGGAGGGGGGGCGUACUCUUAUGUUUUGCAUGUCUUAGCGAUUAGACCAUUGACCACGCGUCCUCGAGAGGACGGAGCAUUGUUCCCACAGGACCGAUCACCGAUGGCCAAUCGUUCCUUUCUACUUUGCCAAAGGUGGCUCAAAAGUGUCUUCCCUAGUCUGUCUAUCCUAACGAUAUCCCUUCCCGCCUUUUCAACCCACCUCCUAUGCCCCAGUACAGCUACCGUCCUUUCCUCUCUAUUCCAUGCCUCAAACAUCUCCCUGUACGUUCCAUCUAUUUUUCCCAGCUCAGUCACGUACACUUCCCUCUCCUUCUUGUACAACGGACAUUCCGCGACUACAUGAACACGGUCUUCGCAUUCGAAGCCGCAAUCACAUUUGAACUCGUCGUCUUCCUCGUCUACCGUCCUAUGUCUUCGUCGACGUUCUCGAAAGCCUGUGUCCCCGGUCCUGAAUUUGACCUUAAGCUUUGUUCCUGCAUCCAUUGGUCCAUGUAGGUAGUCCUUGAACCCUAUUCCUUCCUUCAACAUUCCGUACACUUCUAGACCCUCCUUAUCCUUGGAUUCUUUCCUCAGAUUCUGUUCUUCUCUCUCGGCACAAGCAACAGAUAUCUUCUCCUUGAACCCCUGUAGACCCUCCGUUUCCAGCGUUUCAUCUUCGUCGAUGUCGAGCCCCUUCCAUACGUCCUCUACAACCUUGACCCAUUCCGUGGGUUGUCUACCCCUCUUUUUGUUUGCCCACUUCGCCUCCCAUACAAUUCUCGGCAACCUCUCCUCUCCCAUCCCGCACAUGCGAUACUGCCAGGUCAGCUUCCUCGCGUCUCUUCCCGACCGUAGGGAUUGGAUCCCCAAUUCUGCCCUGACGGCUGCAUUACUUGUGCGCCUGGAGCAUCCUAGGAUGGUUUUCGCUGCUUUCAUCUGCGCCGCCUCGAGUUCUUUCACUACCUUCUUAUUUCCUUCCCAUACUUCUCCGGCGUACUCUAGCGGCGGUACGAUUACGCUCUUCAAAACCGUCAAUUUGAUGCGUGUAUCGAGGUGCCGGUUUGCGAGUAUUGGAUGCAGCUUCCCUGCUCGUGAUUUGCCCUUUUCCGCUACCUUGGACAUGUGUGCAUUCCACGAGCAGUCUUUUGCGAUCUCUACUCCAAGGUAUGUGUACUGGUCCACUACUGCAAUCUCCUCGAUCCCCCACUUCCAUCUAUGUUCUACUGGUUCCUCCUUGUUCUCGUUGCAUACCAUGACGGCACUCUUCUGAACGUUGGCAGACAAUCUCCACUUAUCAGUAAACUUCUUCGCCGCGUCAAUUUGCAGUUGCAGUCCCUCAGGGGUGUCCGACAUACCGACAAAAUCAUCCGCAAACAGCAUUCCUCAAACCGACGUUUCCGUGUUCCCUACUAGUCUUUUACUCCCUUCCGGACUGCCUCUACGACUUCCAACAGAUCGUUGAUGAACACCUGGAACAAUGUUGGGGACAGCGUGCAACCUUGUGGGACCCCCUGCUCAAUGUCGAAGAAUUUGGACAGUUCUCCGUCUAGCAUGACCGCGCUUUUCGUACACUCUGUCAUCUGCUUCAGCACUCUCCACAUUUUCCCCUUGAUCCCGUAUUUGGACAGUUGUUUCCACAACCCAUUUCCCCAUACGGUGUCGUAUGCCUUUUUCACGUCCAGGAAGAAGCAGUACGUCGGCUUUCCCGCCCUCUUUCUACCUUGGAUGAUUCUCCCUACUGUACCGUGAAUACGUGGUCCACGCACCCCCUCUUCCUGCGGAAACCUG